AUGAGUCUGGGUCUGCAGGUGAUGCUCAUGAUGACGGCCCUCCUGGACUUCACAAACUGUGUGAAGUUUGGUGGUGGGAACUCUGAGAAGGCCAGCGUCUGUGGACCAGAGGCUCAGAGAGAUGUUUGGACGUUGCCGGCACCCAGCGGAGUCACCAUGGACUCUGUUAACAUGAAGCACAUCUUGAAGUGGCGCCCCCUGCAGGCUCUCUGUGACACUGCAGUCCUGUACUCCGUACAGUUUCAGGGGGAGUUUGAGCUGACGGUGCUGAACGACAGCUGGGUGGAUGCUCUGGAGUGUCAGCUGACUCCUCAUACAGCCUGCGACCUGACCUAUGACCUGGGCUCAGACUCAGACUACAACAUCCGGAUCAGAGCUGUGUGUGGAUCAAAGAAGUCACCCUGGAAAAGACUCGACCAUCCUUUCAACCGCAGAGACACAGAUCUGACGGCCCCUGAGAUGACGGUGACGGCGGUCGGUGGUGCUCUUCAGGUGACGUUCGACAAGCUUCCUUUCACUGCUGUCGUCACGGUGAAGGUGUGGAAGAGAGGUGAAGAGCAGCAGGCCGAUGUGUACAAGAUGCCAUCAGAGCAGAAGGUGCUGCACGUCACCGCCCUGCAGGAGGGAGCAGAGUACUGCGUCAGAGCUCAGACUACACUGUACCCAGAGCUUCACAGCAGCAGCACUGACGCACAGUGUGUGUCUAUCACAGGUCCCGGCGCUGCUUGGAUGAAGCCGACCACAGUGACGGUGACGGUCAUCAUCACGGCGGGUCUUCUGUUCGCCGUCUUCUGGUCCGUCGUUCACUGCCGAGCAGAAAGCUGUCGGACGUAUUUCCAGAAAGAACCUCUGCCCCCAUCACUGAAAAAUGACUGGGACAUUCAAAUCCCCAUGAGUCCUCAGGAGGUGGAGCUUUGUGAGCCGAUCCACAUGGUUAGCCUCGACUCUUAG